UUCGAACCGUGGCACGACAUCAGUGGCUCGUCUUUGGGAUAAGCACGAGCUAGCGGUUCCCUUCCCGAAGCCGGAUCGCUGCAACUCCCAUCAACUAAAAGGCGUCAACGGGGUCCGGUUGGCUCCGGCUUGAUCAGCUCCCAGGAACGGCACUCCGCGGAACAGCAGGAUGCUCCAUAUCUGCGUCAAUCAAGCUAGCGGCUAAUGUAUUACUCGGCGUCUCUGGCACUUGGAGGUGGGAAGCGGGAUGCGAUGCUCCAUCCUUGUUUCACGGCUUGCGUGGUUGACUGAGGCGCCUCUCACGUUACCGCAUGAAAACCUGCUGAUAUGCAAUCAGCUGUGUACCUCUAUACAAACGGCCUGGCAAGACGAUAGUUCCGCCGUGUAUUGUCAGUCAAAUACCGAAAUAAGAAGAAGCUCAGUCACGUCGCUGCUCCAUCUCGACACUUCAGUCAACUUUGCCCAAGGUAGCUCACCUGCAUUAGCACCGCAUGUAUAAGCACUCACCUCACCUUGUCCGCAUUCGUCCAAGGCAAGGCAAGGCAGGGUUGCAUGGUCAAAGACAGGGAUGAACUACAUCGGUCGACCGAGCAUCCCGACAGCUAGCAUUGAAGAGAAAAGGCGUCCCAGCCUCGCGUCGAAGAACACCGUGACAGCGCGAGCUUCAGAGACCCAGGAAGGAUACGGUCUGCCCAGCAUUGCUGACAAUCAAGAGCGGGAAGGGCUUCCUGCCAUUUUGCGGUGGCAAGAGAAACCCCAAGAUCCAUACACCAACGACCCCUCCUGUUUGACAGACUUCCUUGCCUUUCCGGCUACUGCGGCGUGGUUCGUGGGCUUGAAAGGCCUAGGCGCAAAUCUGUUGCAUGGUCGUGCCCGGUGUUCCCAUACGAGGGAGGUCCCGGCGUCUCUGCACCCCAGCGCAUCAACCUUACUUUUUUGUUUCCGACACAAACUCGACACAAAUCUAUAUAAGCUUGUUCCCGGACUCCUCAUCCGACUGCGCUACCAAACAAUGGCACCCUCAACGGCUUCUACCCAUCGUGACAUUGGGCCUGAAGUCGACUUGAUACCGAGUUCUGAACCCGAAAACGGACCUGAUUCCGAAGCAACGGCUUACACCGUCCACAGCCGGCCCAUUAUGAGUUCCGAAACACGCAAGAAGUUUAUCAACUAUCCUCUCCCGAUCCCGGGACCGCCCAUUCCAUACAAGAAUGUCAGGAAGAGCAAUCCGCCUCUCAGAGGUUGGCUCUUGGUCCUAGCGGCUUGGGCUAUGGAAUGUCUAUGGUUCAUCAGGUCGUUCAUCUGGAGCAACGCGGGAUUUGGAAGUCUGAGAAAGAUUCGCAAACAUAUUGAAGAUGCUGAACCUCGAUACGACCCAACCGUCCUGCCACUGCCAGCGGACGAAGCCAAAGACCCGGCGGUUCUCCACCGUGAAAGCGCAGUCAAGGCGAAACCUCACCCCUUGAAGUACUACUCCGUAAACGACUAUCAUGAGAUGUACCUUUCGGGUGUGGUCACGCCACUUGCGGUGGCCCGCGCUAUUCUCCCCUUGAUUCGGCGCGAUACGAAUCCACCCGGCGAGCACUCCAUCGCGUGGUUCGAUACCAAAGUCUCACAGGUGUUGGCCGCUGCCGAGGCAUCUACCAAGCGAUAUAAGGAGGGGCGGUCUCUGGGUCCUUUAGACGGUGUGCCGACGGCAGUCAAAGACGAAUACGAAAUCGACGGAUACCGGACUUGCCUGGGGUCUAGGAACGAUUAUACGACUCCAGCGGCGCCGGGCCAGUCGAUUACCAGCUGGUGUGUUAAGAAGCUGGAAGAUGCUGGCGCUGUAGUGCUCGGAAAGCUGUCAAUGCACGAAUUUGGACUUGAUACGACUGGAAACAAUCCCAUCUACGGAACACCGCGAAACCCCUACAACCGUGGCUAUUACACCGGCGGGAGCUCAUCGGGAGCUGGUUAUGCAGUUGCGACUGGUCUAGUUCCUGUGGCCCUCGGUAGCGAUGGCGGCGGCAGCAUUCGCAUUCCCUCUUCCAUGUGCGGCGUCUACGGUUUGAAGCCUACCCACGGCCGCAUCUCUUUUCACCCGUGUCCGAACCACAGCAACAGCUGCGCUGUCAAUGGCCCCAUAGCCGCUGAUAUCGAGUCUCUGGCGACCUACUUUGAGACCAUCGGCGCGCCGCACCCCGACUCUCAGUUCAUCCAGGCAUCUCCCUUUAUCCUGUCACCCAGCGAGAAGCGCGGAAAGGUCCUCGGUAUCCCCGAAGCAUGGUUUGCACAGGCAGACCCGGCUAUCCAGCGCAUGUGCCGUACCAUGAUCGCGAAGCUCGUCACUCACCACGGCUACGUCACCGUCCCCAUCGACAUCCCCUUCCUAGUCGAAGGCCAAUUCGCCCACGCCAUGACAGUCCUCACCGAUGGCGCAACCCUCCUGCCGGAAACCAAGAACCUGACGCCCGCGAACCGCAUCCUCCUCGCCAUCGGACGCGUCACCUCCGCCAUGGACUACCUCCUGGCGCAGAAACUCCGCGGCCUCCUCAUGCAGCACCUGGCCCACCUCUGGUGCAUGUACCCGGGCAUGAUCAUCGUCACGCCCACGACCUCGUGCGCGGGCUGGCCCAUCAUGCACGAGGGCGAGCUGACCCACGGCGUCAGCGACGGCGACCGCACCAUCAGGUCGAUGGAGUACGUCUGGAUGGGCAACUUUUGCGGGCUCCCCGGCGUCACGGUGCCAGCGGGCUACGUGGUGCCGCACGACCAGCUCGGCGCCGGCGGCGAGGCCGGACCCGACACCGUGGGGAAGGUGCCCAUCGGGCUCAUGGGUAUGGGCGAGUGGACGGACGAGCACAGCCUGCUCGAAUUUGGGCUCGACGCCGAGGAGCUGUUUGCCAAGGAGAGAUGCAGGCCGCCCAACUGGAUCGACGUCAUUCAGCGGGCCAAGGACGAUAUGGCUAAGAAUGGGGAGGACAGCUUGAUAGACCUUUAGAGUAUGAUAUCCCCACAGACAACGCGCGAGAGCAAUGCAAAUCGAUCAGGGUGCCCUGCAGAUACAGAACCAAGGACCUAGCAUUACGCAUGAUGAAUUAGCCCACUGAAAGCACCAGAGCCUCUCAUUCACACUUGGGAAGGGAGGCUGAGCUGAGCUGAGCUGAGCUGAGCUGAGCUGAGCUCAUGAAAUCCGGGUCCUGCUUUGUUGUCAAGCGACGUUCAAGCAUUCGAAGCAGGGAUACCCCGUCUCCGCCCCCGGCACUUGAUAGAGGCAUUUGACAAUCCUCCUCGCUGGCAGCAUCCACUUCCUUGCGUAGAUCAAUGCGUUAACCGUCAUAUCAUGAAGCUCGGUGGAGAGAAGAGAGGGGAAAGGACCCGAGCUAGCGGGACGACAGCAGGUUACUGCCAUCGAUGGCGAGAUUCGAGACAGACCGAGGCAGGUCUAUUGUGGAUGGACGAGAAGUGACGACUUUUUUCUUUUUUGUGCAUAUUCGCAGGGAAACCUCGAGGGCAGUACCAAAGAAAGGGAAUAAGCAUUUUCGAGUCUAAUGAAGGCGCGGGCCGCAUGCCAAUCCCAACCUAAGCUUUUUUGCUCCUCUCGGAAGGGGCAGCUGUUGCUUACACAGCCCCUUAUGCCAAGAUGAUCGAAGGCCGGCCUAGACCGCUCCGACUGUAGUUGCAGGUUAGAUUGUUCGCAUCUUUGGUGUUGUUUGUAUUUGACUUUCGAGGCGGAAGUUCAUGCUUGACAGGGCACGGGCAGCGGGGGACAGGAGAGUGGUACGCGAGAAGAACAGAUGCAUAUGCGGCCAGCUUUUGGGUGGUGUCAGUGCGAUAAUAUGAGCUUGAUGUCCGGAAGUUGCGGG